AUGCUCAACUUCCUCCCCAUCCUCGCCGCCCUGGCCUCUCUGGCCUCCGCCACCAGUGCUCCCCCCCGUCCCGGACUCAAGCUGCUCUGGAAGGACGAGUUCACUGGUUGCCAAGGCUGCACUCCCAAGGGUGAUAACUGGAACACGGCUCUCAACAUCAACUCCAACAACGAACUUCAGGUGUACAGCACUUCCAAUAAGAACAUUCAGCUCUCCGGUGGCGAUACCCUCCAGCUCGUUCCCUGGAGGGACGGCAAGGGCGACUGGACAUCUGGACGUCUUGAGUCCAAGAAGGCAUGGCACGCAGACCAGAACAAGGCCCUCCGUGUUGAGGCCAGCAUUCGAAUGGGCGACUCGGCCCGUAAGCAGGGCAUGUGGCCUGCCUUUUGGAUGCUCGGCGAUGCCCUCCGUCGUGGUACUGGGUGGCCUCGCUGUGGCGAGAUCGACAUCUUUGAGCGAGUCAACGGCGACAUGACGGGCUUUGGUACUGUCCACUGUGGACAUGAGGGCGGUGGCCCCUGCAACGAACCCCAUGGCCUUGGCCAGCGAGUUGACAUCCCCGACAAUGACUUCCACACCUGGUCUGUGGUUAUCGACCGACGUGCCGCCAGCUGGCAGGACGAGAAGAUCACCUGGCUUCUCGAUGGCACACCUUUCCACAGCAUCUCGGGCCAGACUCUCAACGACGAGGGAACUUGGGGUACUCUCGCCCACUCUCCCAUGUACGUCCUCCUCAACGUCGCCGUCGGAGGCACCUGGCCUGGUAACCCCAACAAGGCCACCGAGCCUGGCUACAAGAAUAUGAUGGAGGUCGCCUACGUCGCCGUGUACGAGACCACAGAAUAG